CUACUUGUUCCCUGCCAGGCCCUCUGCAACAUGGCAUCAACAAAGCUGCGUGUAGCGGUAAUUGGGGCAGGAGCUGCAGGACUGUGUGCCGCCCGGCACAUCCUUGCCUCUCCCAAGACUUUUGCUCCACCGGUGGUGUUUGAAGCCUCGGACUGCUUGGGAGGCACCUGGGUUUACACGGAGGAGAAUGAGAAAGAAGAUGCCAUGGGGAGGACCAUCCACUCCAGCAUGUACCGUGACCUCAGGACCAACCUGCCCAAGGAAGCAAUGGCCUUUCCAGAUUUCCCCUUUGACCCAUCGCUGCCUUCAUUCCUGCACCAUGUGGAUGUUCUGGCCUACCUGGAUAGCUAUGCAGAGCAGUUUGGAGUCUGUGACCAUAUCAGGUUCCAAUGGCAAGUGGAGGACAUCAGGCCUAUCCAGAGGGAUGAGGGCAGCCUAGGUGGUUGGGAUGUCACAGCCACACUACAGCACCCAGAGUCAACCCAACAUGUCACGGAGCACUUUGAUGCCAUCAUGGUCUGCACUGGCCAUUACACCAUCCCAUUUGUACCUCCCAUUCCUGGGCUGGACACUUUCCAAGGGCAUCUUCUACACAGCCACUCCUACCGCUACCCAGAGCCCUUUGCCAACCAAUCUGUGGUGCUGGUGGGUGCUGGUCCAUCAGGAGUUGACCUGGCUUUGCAACUCUCCCUUGUAGCUGCUCAAGUAGUGCUCAGCCAUAGAGGGCAACCUGUGUGUGGGCUGCCCAAGGGUGUGAUACAGGUGCCCCCACUUCUGAAGGUGGGGCAAAAGACAGUGGUGUUCACAGACGGCUCCAAGAUGCCAACUGAUGUCUUGAUUCUCUGUACAGGCUACAAAUACAGCUUCCCGUUCUUGGACUUGGCCCAGUUGGGCUUACAAGAGACAGAUUAUGGGGUGGGCCCCCUGUACCAGUAUUUACUGCCCCCCCAGCAUCCUUCGCUCUUCUUGAUUGGCCUUUGUCAGCAGAUCUGUCCUUUCCCACACUUCCACUGCCAGGUGCUGUUUGCGCUGGCUGUGCUAAGUGGGCGGUGUCCCCUCCCUUCUGUGACUGACAUGGAGGCUGAGGUCCAAAGACAGCUGGGACAACAUUUGAAGAAUGGAGGGUUGGCCCGGUACUUCCUGAAGCUGAAGGCCCAACAGUGGAGCUAUAUGGAUGACCUAGCUCAUCUUGCUGGCUUCCCACCUGUGCCGCCUGCUGUCCAACAAAUUUAUGAUGAUGCCCGUGCUAGCCGUCUCUGCAAUGUGAGCACCUAUCGUAGCAGAAACUAUCGGCUGUUGGGCCUUAGUGCUUGGGAGUUGGUGUAGGAUUGUGGUGAGAACUGCAUAAAGACUGGAGAUGCAAAAUGAGGACAUUUAGACUCCAACAUGGCAUUCUUCUCUCUUCCUCUGGGUGGCUUUCCUUCUAAGGCCCAACUCCAGUCAGAGGGGGAGUUGGGCCAGAACUGCCAGGUGAGACAGAGAAAGAACCAUCAUUGAGACAGAAGUAAGAGCUUUUGUAGGUGAAACUUGAAGCAGACAAUAAAGAGGGAGAAAUAAUGUAUAUUCCACUUGAAAGAGAAAGGGGGGCUACAUUCACACAUGUUUAACCCUAAACCAAGUUUUAUAAAACACAGUUGGUGUGUUCUUGUGGCUUUCCAUGGCCAAACCAACACAUCUUAUUUUGGCUUAAAAUGACAUCCUAGUUCAGGGGCA